AUGGAGAUUUGCAUUCCCAUUGUGGCCAAAACUUCCGAGCUUGCAGUUGUUCCAAUCAAAAACCAAAUCAGUUACAUAUUCAAGUAUGAGGGCAAGCUUGAAAAUUUAAAGAACGGAGUAGAGAAGCUGAAGGAUGAAAGGAAAAGGGUGCGUCAUGUAGUGGAAGAAGCACAAAGAAGAGGCGGAGAGAUUGAGCUAGGCUGUGGAAAAAUGCUGAGUAAAAGAGCUGAGAAGGAGAGCAAGGCCAUUGUUGAACUCCUCAAUGAAGCUGACAAAUUCAGCUCAGAUUCGGUUUUUUAUCGUCCAGCUCCCCAGGAGAUAAUGACCGCAUAUGUUAGAGAUGUUUCGAGGUCUUUGAAUCAAGGAGGCUUGUAUUCGACGGGGUGUUGGAGGUAUUAA